AUGGGUCGGUUAAGACCCCAAAGCGUGCUGCUUCUCUCAGUUUGCUGCCUGCUAGUAGCCAUCACGUACGGUAUAGUCGACGACCCCGAGAUUUCGCGAUGGCACCCAAGCGUUCCCAGAGACAUGAUUCCGAAGCUGAAAGAGAGGCAUGCCAUGAGGAUGAGCAUGUCUUCGCGACCGCGUGCACCUCGUAAACCAUCCGCUGCUAGCAACUUCUGCCAUCGGCCGAGCUUCACAGUUCCUCGAUGCCACUUCUGCCACGGAAAGGCCGACGGUGUCUACGCCGACGCUACCGCUGACCCUCCAUGCAGCGCGUACCUCGUGUGUCGCCGGCAGCAGCUGGCCUCUAUGAACAACUGCCCUGACGGCACAUACUUCAACCUUGAAACAGCAUCCUGCGGCGCGCUCGAGCGUUCAUCCUGCGCCGUUUCCGUCGCGUCCGCCGCCGCCGCUUCAAGUGGAGUCGCUGGGUUCGUUGGCGUUGCACGCGGGGCCGGCGGGCUUGUGGUCGGUACGGAGGAGGAGGUGCAGGUGGAGAGCGUUGGUGACCGCCGGAAGCUGCAGGGAUGGGGUCCCAAGGCCGUUUUCACGAAGCCGCCCCCUAAAGCACCUGCGGCCAAUCCGACGAACUGGGUGGAAGUGAACGCCCUCCUUGCACUCAAGAACAGCAACAUCGACGCGUACUACAAGCUGAAGACGUGGCGCGUUCCUACUGCACCGGCGCAGCGCCAAAAUAACUUCAUCUGCGGAAAGUGGUGGGGAGUCAAGUGCAACAAGCUCGGUUCCGUGACUGAGCUGAAUCUUUACGAGUCCGGCCUGGCGGGAGUUCCCAGUGUCGCGAUGAACAGUAUUCCACCGGAAAUCGGCAACCUGACUUCGCUUAUCGUUCUCGACAUCACCGGAACACAGAACCGCCUGACGUCUCUUAUCGGGGUGAUUCCUAAGGAGAUCAGCAAGCUGACGAAACUGGAGUCUCUGGCGCUCGGUUUCAACCGGUUGGUGGGAUCCAUUCCCGAGGGCAUCUCCGCUCUUACCAACCUCGUGACGCUGGAUCUUACCCAGAAUAACAUCACGGGCAGUAUUCCCAGCGGUAUCGGGAAGCUGAAAAAACUCGCCACGCUUAACUUGGGUCUGAACGGGCUGAGCGGACAGAUUCCGACGUCUUUGGGGCAGAUGGAGAGCCUUGCGUCGCUUAGUCUUCGUGUGAACUCGCUCACGGGGGGGAUUCCGGAUUCGUUGGCCAACUGCAAGCAGCUUGGAUUUAUCGAGAUUGGCACCAAUCAGCUUUCGGGGCCGCUGCCCGUGUGGCUGAAGGACGUCGCGGGGUACAUCGACAUUGGUUACAACAAUUUCUCGGGUGUCAUUCCGCCAGCAUGGAAGGAUUUCAAGGGGUACUUCCUGGGGCUUCACGAGGCGGGCAAGUUCGGCCAGCUGCCCGUGAGCAUCGUGCAGGCGAUGUGCUCGAUGGUUACCGUGAUGGAAUUCUCAAAUAUUUUCACCGGCGGCAAAUUGGACGAAUGGGACCUUUCGGGCUGCACGGCUCUCUCCAUGGUUUACCUCGAGAGGAACAAUCUUGUCGGCGACGUCGGGAAAUUCCUAGGAGCCGUUCCGGCCGCCUCGUACAUCCAGGUCAUCAUUCUUUCCCAGAACCAGCUCACCGGCGAAAUCCCACCGCAGAUCUUCCAGAUUCCGACGCUGACGCAGUUCGACGCGGACAGCAACCAGCUCACGGGCACCCUGCCGCUGAUGCAAUGCACCGGGACACUCGCCAACAUGGUUCCGACGGCCCUCAACGUGUCGGUGAAUCGCAUGUCAGGCGUGCUUCCGGAGCGAUUUCUCGAGAAUUGCAACAUGAGCCAAAUCGAUCUCAGCCACAACCAGUUUUCCGGACCUGUUCCCGCGGGGAUUGCUCAGAGCCAGUCAUUGGCUGUUCUGGAUCUGACGAACAAUUCCUUCACGGGGGAUGUUCCCGUGCCUACCAGCUGCCUUGGCAACGGUAACUUCCUCCUCCACUCGCUGCGCCUCGGUCUCAACCAGUUUACUGGCAAGCUGCCGAACCUGCUCGGGAACUGCACGGGUUUGGAGGAUCUGGAUCUUUCGGGUCUCGAAAUCACCGGCGAUCUUAACGAAGGGUUCACGAACAUGGGAGGCGGUUACAGCGUGCUUCAAGUGAAUCUUUCCAGCACUUCCCUUUCCGGAAAUCUCCCAGAAGCGCUCAAUAAUUUCGUCUACAUUUCCUCGCUCGAUCUCUCCAACUCCCGCUUCCAAGGACCCGUCCCCUCCACCGUCGGCGAUCUUAUCAAUCUGCGGAAGCUCGACCUGUCUGGUAACCAGCUGAGCGGCCAGUUGCCAGCUCAGAUCGGAAACCUCACAGCAGCCACUGCAAUCGCCAUGGAGCGUAACCAGCUUUCGGGAACCAUUCCGCCAGAGAUCGCUCCGCAGCCGUCCUCGCGCCACCUGGCGUUCCUCACUGCGCUGGACCUAUCAAACAACGACUUCACCGGGCCUAUCCCGUACGGAUUCGCCAACGCGUCGUCGUCGUUCUACCUGGACGUGUCUCAGAACGAGCUGUCCGGCGCGAUUCCCGGCGGCAGCUCCGGCUACUUCGCAUCCGCGAACCCAGCAACCAUCAGCGGGAACGACGGUCUGUGCGGAAUGCCCGGCUACCCGGACUGCCCAACCCCGAAUAGCCUAUCCGCGGGCGCGAUCGCGGGGAUUGUGGUCGGCGCGGUGGUCGGCCUGGUGCUGAUUGCGGUGGCGGCGUGGUGGUUCUCCCGGAGGAACGAUCCGUGGUCGGGCGGCACGAUGCUGGUGUUUGAGAAGCUGGACUUCAAGCUCACGGUGGGGCACAUCCUGGAAGCCACGGAGUUUUUCAGUGACAAGUACAAGCUCGGCCGAGGCGGCUUCGGUACCGUCUACAAGGCGUGCCUUCAGGACGGUCGCUCAGUGGCCAUCAAGCGGCUGGCAGCGCAGAGCACGCAGGGCAACCGCGAGUUCCAAGCAGAGAUGGAAACCCUGGGCAACAUCCGCCACCGCAACCUGGUCGUCCUCGUUGCCGCCUACAUUGCCCCCGGGCAGUCCACGGAGCGUCUGCUCAUCUAUGACUUCCUCUCAGGCGGCAGUGUGGAUACCAUCUUCAUGAAGGAGCUUCCCAAGGAUAAUCCCUUCUGCAAGUGGUCGGUGCGGAGGAACGUGGCGCUGGAUACCGCGCGUGGAAUGAAGUACCUGCACCACGACUGCACUCCUAGGAUUAUCCAUCGCGAUAUGAAGCCCGGGAACGUGCUGCUCGAUGACCAGAUGGUGGCUCAUGUCGCUGAUUUUGGUCUCGCCAGGGAGAUUGAUGUGAAGCAGUCGCACAUGUCGACCAAGGUGUUUGGAACUAUCGGGUAUCUUGCACCCGAGUAUACCCGCCAGGGCCGGCUGUCGUUCAAGAGUGACGUGUUCGCGUACGGAGUUAUGCUGCUGCAGCUGAUCACCGGCAAGCAGCCCACAGAUGAGGACGUGGCAGAACGUGGGCUCGCCAGGUGGGCGGAGGCGAACGGCGCGGCGGCGAUUGUGGACCCUCGGAUGGAGCUGGAGCCCGGGGAGAUUGACCAGAUUCUGGGCGCGGUGAAGCUGGGUCUGCUGUGCACAGCGCGUGUGGCAUCUGACAGGCCCAGCAUGCCUGAGAUUGUGCAUCUGCUGGAGAAUCUGGAGGACUUUGCCAAGGGCCCCCCUAUGCCGAGCAGUGAAAGGCUCGUCAACAGUAGUGCGGAAGCUGUACCUCGUGCACAGACCUCAGCACCACCAGUGGUGGUUGUGAACCGCAUCAUCCCUUCUCUUCUCCGACCCCUUUCCCUCCAUGCAGUGCAAGGCUCGUCCACAGAGCAAAGAAAGCUGUACCUGGUGCACAUGACCCCCGCACCACCAGUAGUAGUGGCUGGUCGACGCAUCAGCCAUGCACAUAACGCUAGCCCCUUCCCCUCCCUCUCCCCUCCCCUUUGCCAUGCAGUGCGAGGCUCUUCCACAGAGCAAAGAAAGCUGUACCUGGUGCACAUGACCCCCGCACCACCAGUAGUAGUGGCUGGUCGACGCAUCAGCCAUGCACAUAACGCUAGCCCCUUCCCCUCCCUCUCCCCUCCCCUUUGCCAUGCAGUGCGAGGCUCUUCCACAGAGCAAAGAAAGCUGUACCUGGUGCACAUGACCUCCGCACCACCAGUGGUGGCUUACACGCAGCAGGCAGAGGAGUUGAGAAAGCGGCCGGGUGUGGGGCAGGUGGUAAGGGCGAAGGGGAAAGUGCGUGUGUUCACGACGUACACGCCCAAGUAUAUGAAGCUGGGGAAGAUGUGGGGGGGCGUGGGCGGGCAGGGGCGAGCAGGGGAGGGCGUGAUUAUUGGAGUGCUGGACUCUGGGAUCUGGCCGGAACACCCGUCUUUCUCCGACAAGGUGUGUGCGUUUGUGAAGAGAAAUGUGGGUGGGGCGGGUGGUGGGGGCGUGGGCGGGCAGGGAGGAGUAGGGGAGGGUGUGAUUAUUGGAGUGCUGGACUCUGGGAUCUGGCCGGAACAGCCUUCCUUCUCGGACAAGGGUUACGGACCAGUGCCAAAGAGAUGGAAAGGGGCAUGCCCGGGGCUGAGCAGGUGCAACCGCAAGGUCAUCAGUGCAUGCUACGUUCCUCCCCUCUCCUUCCCCCCUCUCUUUCCACCUCUCCUCGCACCACCCACAGGGCUAUGGACCAGUGCCAAAGAGAUGGAAAGGGGCGUGCCCGGGGCUGAGCAGGGCUACGGGCCAGUGCCCAAGAGGUGGAAAGGGGCGUGCACAGGCCUGAGCAGGUGCAACCGUAAGCUGAUCGGCGCGCGCUACUUCCUCAAGGGCUAUGAGGCAGAGUAUGGCAAGCUGGCUCGAGGGGAGUAUCGCUCUGCUCGGGACGCUGGCGGGCACGGCACGUGGUGUGCGGGAGCAGCAGCAGGCAACGCCGGGGUGGUUCUGACAGACGAAUUCAGAUCGACCGCUGGACCGGCCAGUGGCAUGGCGCCACGUGGCAGGCUGGCGGUGUACAAGGCGAUCUGGUUCAACGCGUCAGAGGGGUACGGCCACGACUGCGACAUCUUUGCAGCCGUUGAUCAGGCCGUCGCGGACGGUGUGGAUGUGCUCUCCAUGAGCAUUGGAUCGGGCGAAGACACCUACUUUGGCGACCUGCAUCUGUUGAGAGCGGUGAAGGCGGGUGUGUUCCUGGCCAUGGCAGCGGGCAACGAGGGCCCGCCCCCUACGACUCAGAAGCCCUUUGGGUUCCGCACUCUCAGCAACGCUGCUCCGUUUUACCUCACUGUCGCCGCCAGCUUAUUAUUGCUCACCCUCACUUCCCUUCUCACCCUCACUUCCCCUCUCACCCUCACUUCCCCUCUCACUCUCACUUCCCUCUCACCCUCACUUCCCUCUCACCCUCACUUCCCUCGCACCCUCACUUCCCCUCUCACCCUCACUUCCCUCUCACCCUCACUUCCCUCUCACCCUCACUUCCCCUCGCACCCUCACUUCCCCUCGCACCCUCACUUCCCCUCUCACCCUCACUUCCCCUCUCACCCUCACUUCCCUUCUCACCCUCACUUCCCCUCUCAUCCUUACUUUCCCCACUCCUACUUCCACUUCUCUCGGCACCCCAGCUCAACAGAUGACGACUGGGGCUUCUUUGGUCGCUCUGCACAGUCAGCAAAGUCAAUACAAGUCAACGGAACCUCGCUGCCUGCUGCUGCAACUGCCGUCCAGGUGAGAGGCCUGCUGGAAGCAUCAGGGGAACUUUCAGAUGCAGAGUCAGCCAAGGCAGCUCUCAGACCCCAUGAUGGCCCCCUUCUCUUCCACGGAGCCUUUCUAUUGAGGCGCCUAAAAGCUCCCCCCAUUCCCCUCUCCCCCUCGUCCCACACACCCCCGCGCCAGCCAAGGCAGCUCUGA